AUGAAGAGCUCUGUUCCCAUUUCAUCUGAUGUAUGGGAGGAGAAGAAAGCCUUGAUUGCUGCCCUAUACAAGGACGAAGAAUGGCCGCUAAAGCAAGUCAUCAAGAAGAUCCGCUCCGAGAACUUCAAUCCGAGUGAGACCCAGUUACGAAGCAGGUUGAAGAAGUGGCGUGUCACCAAACCUUCCCGUCAGACCAGAGAACGCACCAAAGAGAGUGUCCGCAGCCCUAAGACCACAAGUUGUUCCAAUAAUAACGGCUCCCCAAACGCCCAAACGCGUUCACGGCUGCCACCAACGACAGCAGAAGUCCCCGCAACCCAGUCAGAGUGGACCAUGCCCAACAGAGUAGACGGGCGGCACAGCUUACCUACAAUGCCCCUUCCGUUUGGUCAACAAGACAUUUCCACUGUCUGGGCCCCAGCUUCGAGUCAUUCAUCACCUCUAAGUUCGCCAGGAAAGUCCCGCGUGGACUCUCUUGCCUCUAUGGCUAUUUCCACUUCCAGUUACGAACCAUCACGAACUUCAUCCUUGGUAGAUAGUGCCUUGCUCGAUAGCACCCCGGCAAUGACUCCCACUUUUGCAAACUCCCCUUAUGCUUUGGAGAACGACUCCUGCUUGCAAACAGCCGUGCCAACAACGACCGCGGUCCCACCAGUCCAGUGGGCAAUGCCACAGUGGUAUCUGGUGCCCAUGGAGACGGGCUCUCAAGCCCCAUCGAUGCCCUUUUACUCAACGGGUCCUUUGACUCCGCCAAUUGACCCCAUGAUGCUCCCAAUGGCCCCACAGACGCCGGAGUUUCAUGAUUGCAUAAAAUCAUGGAAACGCACAUUGUCUUCUCCCUAUGACCCAGAUCUUGUUUCAGCAAAGCUUCAGCAACCACCAAAAUCUCUUGAGCGAAAAGUAUCGCAUUCUUCAACCAUAAGCACUAGCCAGUACCCAAGUGGGAUGGUUACCCCAACAUCUCCUUACUGUCAUGGGCAAUACCCUUCUGUAUGCUCACCGGGCUACCCCUAUUCUGGUUCUGAAUCUCUUGUGCAUCGGUCGAGCAUUGAUCUCUGA